AGAUACACCCCCAGUCACCACAGAGUUCACCACGGUAAGAAAGAAAGCCUCUUCUUCUCUGUCAAACACACAUAUUCUUACCAUAUUUGACGUGACUUGAUCAGUGCAAUAUUGGUGAAAAAGGAAAAUGAUGUGUUGCAUUUCAUUGGCAGGGCGAAAUGAAUAUUGCAUUGAUAAGAAUUACGGGGGAGCUCUGAUAAUAUGGGACCGACUAUUCGGUGAGUAAACGCUCACAAGGUCAGUGCUUGUUGUAAUAUGGCCAUAUAACUACAUUCUCUCACUUUGAUUUAUCAGGUACCUUUGCUCCAGAGGGCGAUAAAGUUGUCUAUGGUCUCGUACACAAAAUAAACACAUUUGAAAUCCUCCAUAUUCAGGUUAGUCCCAUGAGAAAAUACAAAAUGAAUAUCUUAUUUGCUGUGUUGUGUUUUGUACACUGUAAGAUAUAAACUACUAGACUAUAAAUGUAUAUACAAGCUAUCAAAGAGCAAAUUGUCACAGUGUUUAGACUGAGCUGACACUGCGUGCAAACUGUCUGAUUGUUCCCGUAUUACAUCAGUGGAAUCAAACCAUUUGUAGGGCAGUUACUCUCAAUCAGUGUAUACAAGUAAAUGUUACAACAUUCAGGUGCCGCUAUAGAUGAGGCCCCAGCUAGUGGAACAGCCAUGCUGGAACCAUAACAUUAUUACGCAACUUUAAACAAACCGCCCAGCAGAGGUGAAAGAGUCCAAUAAAAUGAAAUACUAGAAGUUGUGUUUGAUUAUUUUCACUGCCCUUACCACUGGCAACUUACCGCAUGAGCAAUCCCUCCAAAAUGACAAGCAACAUUCUCAACCCAGUAUUAAUUAACGCACAGAUUAGCAUUGACAACAAUGAAUAUGUAGUAAUAUCAGGGCUUUUAUAGUAAAACUGCUUAUGUAAUAUAAUGUCACUGUAAUGUGAUGGUAUAUAUUUUAUAUUUUUCCUUUAGUUCCAUUACUAUAAAUACUUGUGGAGGAGGUUCAACAGAUACAAGAAAAUCUUCAAUAAAUUGGGCGUCCUCUGGAAAGGACCAAGUUGGAAACCUGGCAAACCAAGGCUGGGGGAUCACGCAGAGGUGCCUGAGGUACUACCACAUUCAAUAUGAAGACACAUUUUGUCAUUAGAGGAAGAGAGAAAACGAGAGAGAGAUAGCGAGAGAGAGAUAGCGAGAGAGAGAUAGCGAGAGAGAGAUAGCGAACGAGAGAGAGAUAGCGAGAGAGAGAUAGUGAGAGAGGGUCUGUAAGACGUGGGGAAUCAUGGAGACAAAGAGAGUAUGAAGAGAGAGUUGAAGACGGUGUUCUAGCAUUUUUUUUGUGUGUGCAUUCCCAAAAGGGACACAUUUGACACUUUCGUACUUCAUUACCUAUCAUUAUGACGCAAAGUAAAACACUAGCCUCACUAUCCAAAUGACUCACAGUAUUCUCACUUGAAAGAUUCACAUUUUACACAGCCUUUACAAGGAAACACUACACCAAAUAAAUCCUCAAGGCCUUUGUAGGGGGAACACAAUAAGCUCAUUUUCACUUUAAAUAGUAAGUCUGUGGGUGCCCUGCUAGGGAUCAAAAGGGUGUGAGUGUGUUUGUUACUAUAGUGCCCAUCAGGAGCCCCAGUGGUUGGCUUUGAAAUAGCGCUGAUGGUGGCACAUAUUUAGGCCCUUCACACUUAAAAAAAACUCCACCCCUCGUCUUUAUGAUUAAAUUGGCCCCUAAACUCUUGCAUGGUGAUUCUAAACAUGUGGAGGGUGCUGGAAUUUGACUGAAAUAUCUUGAAAGGCUUGCCAUUGUAGGCCUAGACGGGUGCAUUGAUAUUCUCUAAGGAGAGAGAGAGAGAGAGAGAGAGAGAGAGAGAGAGUCAGGGUCGAAUGUGUUGGCUUUUGAGGCUAAGCAGAGCUGUGGGCUGGAACACCUACAAGGGUAGUGAUGUGAAAGAAACCCACAUGUAGCUAACUCACCCAAGACCCCUGGAAAACCCCUGCAAGAGACCUGUACCAAUUCAACAUCUAGAGCUCUUGUCACGCUCUGGCUCCGGGACUUUGUAUGUUGAGCCAGGGUGUGUUCGUUUCGUUGUGUUCUGUUUGGUUGGGUUGUUCUAGGUGGUUGUAUUUCUUUGUUUGAAUGAGUGACUCCCAAUCAGAGGUAACGAGUGUCAGCUGUUGGCUCGUUGUCUCUGAUUGGGAGCCAUAUUUAAACUGUCUGUGUUCACCUUGUGUUUGUGGGUUUUUGUUCCGUGUUCAGUCAGUGUUACUGUGGACUUCACGAUCGUGUUUUGUUUUGUACUUGUGCUUUAACUAAUUAAAGUCAUGUUCGUUUCACACGCUGCGCCUUGGUCUACUCCUUCUCGUCAAGACGAUCGUGACAGAAAAACCCACCAUAAAAGGACCAAGCAGCGUGUCCAGGAGCAGGCAGCCUGGACAUGGGAGGCGCGCCGUAGAGAGGUGCAGCGGCGGCAAACGGGUCAAAGUCGGAAGGUCGAGAGGCAACCCCAAGAAAUGUUUAGGGGGGGGCACAGGGCAUGGACGACGUGGGUACUGGAGGCGAUAAGGGAGAGGGUGAGAGUAGAGGCACGGCGAGAGGAACUGUGUAGGCAGCUGAGGGAGCGGAGGGUUAUGAAGAAACCCAGUCCCGCUCCUCACACCAAGCAAGUGGUGUGCGUCACCAGUCCGGUCCGGCCCGUUCCUGCUCCACGCACCAAGCCCACGGUGUGCGUCGCCAGCCCGGUCCGGCCUGUUCCUGCCACUCGCACCAAACCUACGGUGCGCGUCGCCAGCCCGGUCCGGCCUGUUCCUGCCACUCGCACCAAACCUACGGUGCGCGUCGCCAGCCCGACCCGGCCUGUUCCUGCCACUCGCACCAAACCUACGGUGCGCGUCGCCAGCCCGGUCCGGCCUGUUCCUGCCACUCACACCAAACCUACGGUGCGCGUCGCCAGCCCGACCCGGCCUGUUCCUGCCACUCGCACCAAGCCUGGGGUGCGAGUCGUCAGCCUGGUCCAGCUCGUUCCUGCUACUCGCACCAAGCGAAGGAUGCGAGUCGUCAGCCUGGUGAGGUCCGUUCCGGCUCCACGCACCAAGCCAAGGGUGCGUAUCGUCAGUCCGGUGCCUGAUCAGGUCAGCUACUCCACUACGGAGUUUGAGCAAUCCGCUCCGUCUAUGUCCGGUCCAGAUCCAGCCAGCGGGGUCAGACCGGACCGGGGGCGCUACGGGGGGAUUGUGGAAGGGUGGUGGUCAAGCCCGGAGCCGCCUCCGAGGAGAAAUGCCCACCCAGCCCUCCCCUGUUUGGGGUUUUGAGGCGCGGUCGCAGUCCGCGCCUUUAGGGGGGGGUACUGUCACGCUCUGGCUCCGGGACUUUGUAUGUUGAGCCAGGGUGUGUUCGUUUCGUUGUGUUCUGUUUGGUUGGGUUGUUCUAGGUGGUUGUAUUUCUUUGUUUGAAUGAGUGACUCCCAAUCAGAGGUAACGAGUGUCAGCUGUUGGCUCGUUGUCUCUGAUUGGGAGCCAUAUUUAAACUGUCUGUGUUCACCUUGUGUUUGUGGGUUUUUGUUCCGUGUUCAGUCAGUGUUACUGUGGACUUCACGAUCGUGUUUUGUUUUGUACUUGUGCUUUAACUAAUUAAAGUCAUGUUCGUUUCACACGCUGCGCCUUGGUCUACUCCUUCUCGUCAAGACGAUCGUGACAGCUCUACACUUUUGAGUUUUAAACCAAGUUUAAGCUACAUACAGUAUUGAUGUUCUGUAGUGAAUUAUUUCAAAGUAGUUGAACAAUAUCUUAUCAUCUGCAUAUAGACAAGCCAUGACAAUAUGGCCAGUUAAAAAAUCACAGCAUUCAGGAAUUAUGUUAUAUUGUCUUAUCUUUUUGUUUAGCUGUAUUAUAUUGCUGUUUUAAUAUUUCUGAUUUAUGUAAUUGACAGGUCACUGGAGAAGAGCUGCCAUACAAUCCCAGUUGGCCUCUGGCUCUGCAAGUCUAUGUCUGCAUACAUGGUCUAAUGUUGUUGGGUGUUUACCAGGAUCUGUUUGAGUCAAGGCUGGUAUGUAUUGUCAAUCUCAAGAGUGACCAGUCAUAGAUAAUCAACUGGGAUUGAAUACACAGGGUUCUAUCUUAUUUUAGCCAUUUUAAAUAAUGUAAUUUUCAUUUUCUUCGAAGGAACAAAGUCACAAACAUUCGGUUUAUUUGAGCUCAUUACAUGCUUCAUUUGGUUGUUUUUCUACAGUAUUUACAGAAAAAUACUGACUCUGCUACCAUCAAGUCAGAAUGACUGACUGUCAGUCCUCUUUAGAAUAACCUUUGUCAAUUUUUUCCCACUCUCAGAGCCAAAAGACCACCCCUUCCUCUUUCAAAAAACUCAAGUCAGGUUUCCUCAGCAGUUAUCUUUGGACUGCUUUUUUCCCCAGGCAUAGUUUUGGUUAGCCAACAUAUGCUGUCCCACCCAGCCCUUCAAAUUGAGACAAAAUGGCCUGUCUUCAUGUGAUUCCUACCUCCGUGGUGUUCCCUUAGUUGUGGUCCUCCCUCCACAUAGGCCCACAGUCAAAGAGUUCCCCCUUCUUAUUGGCCACCAGUGCAUGAAACAGCAGCACAGCAGCUGGUGGUCUAAUAGUGAACACAAAUGCCUUAAUUGCCAAGUCAACCAUUUCCCAACCAUUUCCCAACCCAAAUAGCCUUCAGGAUGCAGUAAUCAGGAUUUCCAGGGAAAAUAACCUUGGCCUGACAAUAAAUCAUGUCCAUGUAUGUAUGUACGUAUACCUCCAUGUUCACUAGGCACGUAUUUAUGGUGACCAUUGAUGAUACAGUGUAGCACAAUUUAUGGUCUUAGUGUUAAUUCAAAGACAUUAAAACAUGUCUAUUUCAAACAAAUCCCAUAGGGCGGCGCACAAUUGGCCCAGCGUCGUCCGGGUUUGGCCGGUGUAGGCCGUCAUUGUAAAUAAGAAUUUGUUCUUAACUGACUUGCCUAGUUAAAUAAAGGUACAAAAAAAGUUAGCCUUCAAUUACAUCAUUGGUAUAGCCUGGUGUAGCUACAGUUUAUUUCAGGUUGGGUAAUUUUACAAUAAGGACACAGGUAAAUUGACCAAGUCGAAAAGCUAAUUCCUCAACUCAGAAUCCAACCAAUCUCUUGUCCUGAAAAUAAUAAUGGCAAUGAUGAAAACUAUUAUAAUAAUAAGUUAAUCUCCAGGUCUCAGAGGAUAUAGAAACAAUAACAUAAUCAGUCCAGUGCUGGAGUCACUGAAGCGCCAGCAGAUGGUGAAUUUCAUUUCUUUUCACUCACUGUUAUUGUUGAAAUACGAUAUGGGACGAAAUAGAAAUGUUGCGCACUGAGCGGGCAUGAAAAUCCAAACAUUUUCCUCUCGAUUUUGAUUGUUUCUGCUCUGAAUGCCCAUUAUUUUUUAAAGUUGAUGAACGUUUUCCCCAGCGACAGCUAGGUUGUGUCUAGGUUCCAUUCCCCCAGGGUAGAGAUAGUCAAAGUAAAGAUCAUGUAACCUAACUGACCUGCUUUGACUCCUGGGUAACAGUACCAGUGGGUGCAAUACAGCAUAAUGAUUCCCUGUAAAAUAGCCUAAUCAAAUUGUAUAAAUAAAUAAAAUACAAUUGCCAAAGAAUACAUUGCUGAAUAGAUUGGUAAUUAGCUUAUAAUAACUGUGUAGUUACUGUAUUACUGUCAAUUUAGACCUCACCUUAAGCGUUACUGACUAUAGUGAUGGAUAAGUUUACUGUGUGUCUUUGGAAUCCAUGUAAUGGAAAUGCUUUAGUAUAGUUGAUUCAUAAUGUCUUAUUUGCCCCCAUUGAAUACAUACAGUAGUGCCCCGCCUAUACUUUCCCACGUGUGUGUUAGGGGAAUAUGGGGUUUAACAAUUAUAGGGCCUGUACCAUAUAAACAUGAAGAAAUACUACUUUAUUGCUUCCUGUUGAUAUGUUGAUGCCAUAUAUGGCCUGUUGGGAAUGUGCAUUGUUGUGUAUGUACUGUAUGGAGGGAGGCCAGUGAUGUUUACAUGUCAGGGCCUGUGAGUGGAGUGUUGAAGAUCCAAACCCUGCUCCGACAGACCAGUCUAGUCCCUUAGGAGCAGCUAGUCUUACAGCUGUCUUUUAGGUUAGCAACUUAAGGCCAUGCAUUUUCACCACUCAUGUAUCCAUCCACGGGUUGGGGUUGUGUGCGAAAAAAAACAGCUUGCCAAGUUCAAUGUGAAUGUGUACGGUAUAGGACUGGUGUUCCCCAUAGUGUUUGCUUUGGCUUGAUGUAUAGUGGUACUGAGAGCUAUGUACCGCAACGUCUUCCACUGUGGUCAAGUCCCUUAGCAGGACUCAACAGAGAUGGUCAGAGGUAAUAUCCCUAUUAUAUAGAGUGUGAGAAAGGAAAGGGGGAUACCUAGUCAGUUGCACAACUGAAUGCCUUCAACCAAAAUGUGUCUUCCGCAUUCAACCCAACCUCUCUGAAUCAGAUUGUCUGAGUCACGGUUACUGGCAAGACUCUACACUACAUUGUGUAGGGGAGCUAGAUGUAACAUAAUAGCUUACUGUGUAUAGAUGUGUAGUCUGGGAUAUUAAAAGGGGCAUGGUUCAUGACUUUACUCAUAGUCAAAACUCCUGUGCCCAUAAUUCACCAUACAGAUGCAGGAUCUUAAUUUGAGCCAGUUUACUACAACAGGAAAAUAAUCCUACAGCAACAGGAAAUGUGAAUUAUUAUGUUGAUUAUAAUUAAUGGACAUUUUUGUAGGGGUUGAUACAUUUUUAAACCUCAAAUACACUACAAGUUUUACAUUUCCUGCAUUUCAGGAAAGUUCUCCUGCAACAGGGUGAUCAAAUUAAGAUCCUACAUCUGUACCUUUUCUCCUGAUAAGCAUGAUUUGUGUGUCUAUGUUAUAGAUGCUAUCCCAGCUGACUGUUCUGAUGAUGACUGGCUACAUUCUACUCAGUCUGACCUCCAUUGGCUUCAUCAUUGACCAAAGGUACUGUACUGUCAUAUAUCACUGGUACUGUACUGUUAUCCCUCACUGUAAAUAGCUUGGAAUUAGCACACAGAGAUUGGUCCUCUUCAAGGUUACGUGGUCCAACCCAUUUUAAGUCAAACAAUUUAGAAAAUUGAAAUGGAAAAAACUCCAAUAAUGACUUAUCAAUAGAUUGUCUCAUAUCUCUUGGAUUUCAAUGCCAUAACUGAAUUGACUUGAAUCAAUUGAGUCAAAAUGCCACUUAAACCAGUUCGUUAUUGCCGAUUGUUGCGUUCUUUCCCUAUGCAGGUCAACGGCAUCCAUGUUGGAGUUGCUACGCUGUGUGCUGAUGGUGAUGCUGCUGAGAUAUGGCUACAUGACGGCACCAGCACCGCUGGUUGUGCCCAUUGAGGUUGGAGACAGACCGUGCUGCUACUACAAAACAUUUUAGAACCCCUUUUGGAGAAUGAUACAAUAUGCUAAUCUAACAUUUAAAACAUUAAUUCUUCAAGAGGUGUGAUAACUCGGUAUCCUACUGUAAUGUAAAGCUGGACAUAUAAGUAGGCAUUUAUCCACACCAUUUCAUUGUCCCUAACAUUUUACUAGAAAACACAGACAUACUGUACGUGACAAUGAGAUAUAAACAUACUUUCAGAGGUAACAAUUAGUGUAAUACAAACCUAUUAACCAAUCAAUAAGAACGUUGUUUUUGAUGAUGACCGUGUCAGUCAACAAAACAAACAAAGGGUGUCAGGAAAUAGUGCACUUAGCAGAAUGCCCUCCGGUCGAUGGUAGGAUGGGUGGGGCGUGGAGUGUGUGGGGAGUGGAGUGUGCGAGUUGCCUCUUUGAUGAUGAGCGGAGUCGACAGCCAGUCUUUAGGGGCCAUUAGGCCUAGUUAGAGCAUUGGCCCUUCCUGUAGCCAGCCAUGCUCUGUGGAUGAAGCUGCACUGUGUUCAGGUGUGACAGUAGGCUAUUACUGUAGUGUAUGUGUCCCUGUAUGUGUCCAUUGUGCCUCAUUGUGUUUGUGCGUAUGCGUUAGCGUGUGCGUGUGUGUGUGUGUGAGAGAGAGACUACGUGUGUGUGUGUGAACCGUCACUGGCUCCGGCCCCACAUUUACCUGUGAUGUAUGACUCCAGAUGCACGGCCCAAUUGACCAUAAAAUUGCUGUGCGUUUCUGGCACUUGCGGCGGAGUUCUAGAUCGUGGCUGACCUCUCAUUACUUGCCUUUUUCUCUCUCUCUUUCUCUCUCUCUCUCUCCCUCCUUUACUCCCUUGUUCCCUGCCAUCCCAGGCAGUGCGAACUGCAAACUGCAACACUUCUGGAACCAAUUAGUCUUGUCUGCUGCUAACCAAAGCUGGCUGAUGAGAUUCACACGUGAGCACUGCGGCUGAAUUGCUACUUUUAUUGUGUGACUCCACAUCUGCACACUCAGGUGUUCAAAAAGGAGACUGGAGUUUUUUCCCAGACACAUUAUUUUUCAAGAUGAUAAAAACAAAACAAAAUAUGCUGUGAAUUAAUUACAAAUGUAUUCAACUUCGACUUGAAAAAACGUGUUCAUCGUGAUUUAUUCACUACAUGCUACAUGGCAGUAUUUUCUCCAUGACAUCUUUGUUUUAUAUACUCUUUCUGCGAAUGAUUCAUUAGGCCCUAUUCAAUGUCUCAGUAUUUCAGUUGGAGCAGAAUAAAUGUCACCUAAGCAGGUGCUGCCCAUUGAAAAGCAUCACCAUUUUCAUGAAACGGUUCCUGACUUUGUACCUUGUUACCCAUUACUACAAGUGAGCCAGCAAAGAAACCGAGGUACAGUAAUGAUAUAUUGUCCUGACGCGUGAGGUGAACGGCCAGCUCUUUGUUGCUGGGGGAGGCAUUUUGAAGUCGCGCCAAUCAAUUCAAGCUGGGGACUCAAAGUGGAGGGAAGUUCACAUUUAAUUGUAGUCACUCAUUCAAUUCCACUAUUAAAGAAUAACUACAAAAAAUAGGUUGAGUUGAAGCACUCAAAGCCCACUGGCGUGAUAUACAGCACCCUUAAAGCUCACUGUGGUAUUUAUAGUGGCUCUGGAGAUUUCCCUUGUAAAGCUGCAGGCUUGACCUGUAAACCAAGACUGGGGUACCUCUCACCCUCCCUUACCCACCCACACCCAAUGUCUAAGUGGCACACAUGGAGCCAGGCUGUAUAAGGUAGAAUGGUGGUGUGUGGACAUGCGUAAAGUGUGUGUGUGUGAGAGAGAAAUAUUAUGUGUGUGUGUGUGUGUGUGUCUGUGUGUGUGUAUGUGUAUAUGUGUGUGUGUGUUUAUAUAUGUGUGUGUGUGUGUGUGUGUGUGUGUGUGUGUGUGUGUGUGUGUGUGUGUGUGUGUGUGUGUGAGAGAGAAUAUAUGUGUGUGUGUGUGUGUAUAUAUAUAUAUAUAUGUGUGUGUGCGUGGGCGUGCAUGCUUGCGUGCGUGCGUAUGUGGUGUGUGUGUUUGUGCAUGUGUCAUGUGUGUGGUUAGGAUUAGGGGCUGGGCGUUGAGGACUGGCAUGUAAUGAUGAAACAUAUGGUUUUUAGGCCCAUGGUCUGUCUGCCUGAAGGCCUGAAGGCGUAAGGGAACGUGCUGUAGAGCUGGGUUAGACUCUGUCCCACAGUCAUUAAGGAGCUACUCUCCCAACAGGCUAACCCCCUAACUAGUGAAGUCAUAGCAAUUUAAGAGAGCUAAUAAAAAAUACACCUGUCCCAUGGACCUGUGGAGAAGGAACCAGGAAUGAUGAAGGAACCAGGAAUGAUGAACCACUUAGAAUUCAAACUGAGUCACUCACUGCACUAUCAAUGAGAAAAGAGUUGUUGUCUGUAGUCUGAUUCUGUAUCAUGAGGAGGCUACUUUGCCAAUGAGAGUCUGUUUGCAGUUGGCACUUUUCGCUGUGAGCAGGGCUCACAUAACAGUAAAUAACUCAAACCACAAGUAUGCCAAGAAUCAUCAGAAUAACUUAUUAAUUCAUCAUAUUUGAUCUCUUCCUCUAUUUUGUGUAACACUUAUUCUUAUUUUCUCUAACUUUUUGAAGGGAAAGAAAAUAUUCCAUUGAGUCGAAGACAAAGAGGUCAGAACAAUUAUCAUGUUCACGUGAACACCAAAGCUCAUCUCAGCUUACGGCAGCUCUUAUCUAGCCCAACACCUGACCCAUCUACAAAAACAAUAUAUCCUAUAAACCCAUAGUUUCCACCCAUUGUUGGCACCCCAACCCUGAAUGAAAAGAUAAGACAGCAAUCAGUGAAAAUACACUGUUAUCUGAGAGCUCUGUUUCGACUAGCUCAUUUUCAGGUGCGAGAGGUUAGCGUUAGCGCCCUUUGAGGAGAGAAUGCCUGGUAGCAGAAAUACACUGAAACGCCUGAGGUUAAGGGAUCAUUUGGGACUAUGGAAAGUCUGAGAGGAUGACAUCAUCUGAAUGCUCCCAGGGAUGGAAAGGAAAUCUCCUCUUUGGCAAAAAUGGAGGGAUUUUAAAUAGAAGUAUGGGGUAAUAAUAGUGUUUUCUCCAAGUAAACAGUCCAAACUACUGCCUGUGUGAAAUAGUAUCAGUCAAUGUGCUGGGGUUCAUGUCACUCAACAGUAAGAACUGAUAUAUGUGUUGUCAAAGCUCAUGCCAGGUAAGGCCAUGGAAAUCUAAAUAGAUUGCUUGUUUUUUGGGCUAAUUCCUGAAAGCCGUCUCAGAGUAGGAGUGCUGAUCUAGGAUCAGGCCCCCCUGUCCAUAUAAUCAUAUUAAUGAUGAUAUAAAGGCUAAACUGAUCUUAGAUCAGCACUCCAACUCUGAGGCACUAUGAAUAAUGGCUCUGACUUGAUAUCCUCAAAAACCAAAGCACACCAUAAUGAUUGUCUUAGGAGUUUAAAUAAUUUAUUGUCCCUUAAUCGUAAAUGAUUCAUCAAUGAAAUACAAAACCAUUAGCAACAAUAUACAACAUGACUAGAUGGCAAAUUUACAAUCCAAGGAAACACUUUGAAGAACCCUUUUUGGUUACAGGUAGAACUCUUUUGGGUUCCAUGUAGAACCCUCUGGGGAAAGGGUUCUACAUGGAUCCUUGCUCACAGUCAAUCAUAUAAUGCAAGGCAAUCAUUGUUGCAGGGAGUUUAUUUUCCCCCUUAAAAAAGUAACAGACACAGACAUGCACACACACACACACACACACACACACACACACACACACACACACACACACACACACACACACACACACACACACACACACACAAACACACAUUCUCACUCUCUAAUCUAAUCAAUGUAAUAACAUAUAGAAUGAGCUCCAAAAGUAUUGGGACAGUGACACAUUUCUUAAUUAUUUUGGCUCUGUACUGCAGCACUUUGGAUUUGAGAAAGUUAGAGACGCACAAAUAUCAUACCCCCAAGACAUGCUAACAUUUUUGGGGGGUUAUGAUAUUUGUGCAUCUGUAACUUUCUCCUUAUGCUGUUCUUGGGAAUUUGUCACUGUUGUUUUGUCAUUGACUCAUGAGGAGGUAGAUGAGGAAAAAGAGGAUGUCGAGGAGUUAAGGAAGACCACAAACCCCUACGCUAAUCUGUCAUGCUAUUCCAACCCCAGUACUAGCCACUAGCCAGGAUGUUUGAAUGUGAUCAGGCUCCAGGUUCCUACAGUACAAUACGCUGACAGAGCAGAAGGUGAGAGGGAGGAGAAGACAGAGGUGGAGGUGGAGUGAAGGAAGGGAAGGAGGGAGGGAAGGAUAGUUCUCUCUCUCUCUCUUACAAGCCCCCUAGGGUUCCAUCCAUCUUUGCCCUUCUCUGUGGAAUCCCAUUGAACUGAUUUACAGAACGUCCGCUGAGACUCUAGUUCUAGGGCUCUGGCUUGGCCUGAUUGCUCCAUCAAAGCACACCGGGUUUGAUUUUGCAAGGCAGAAGUCUCCCCCUCUCUCCCUCUCUCCUUCUCGCUCCUUUGUUUUUUCAUCCCUUGUUUCUGGACCCGCUCCCGUUGCGCCACGGCUGCCAACUUUCCGCCUGCGCUCUCUCUCUCCAGAGUGGGCCGCCUCACCGCUGGAGCCACCCAGAGCAUUAUGGGUAUUAGUAAGAUUGAGACUUUCAUGGCUGAGGCUUACAAGGUGCAUCCCAAAUGGUAUCCUAUUCCCGAUAAAGUGCACUACUUUUGACCAGAGCCCUUAUGCUCAAAAGUAGUGCACUAUAAAGGAAACAGGGUGCCAUUUGAGACAUGGCUGAGGCUUUAGAAUGUGCCAAGCCCAUGGCCUCUGCAGUAAUGACAGUGUAAUAGUGUGGAGACACAAACAGCCAGGAGGUCGGGGAUGGUGAAUUAUUCUUCACUUUCGCUGACCCCAGAACAGUAGAAAUGCCUCAUGGACGGGAUAGGUUUGUAGUGACCUUGGAUCUGUCCCCUGACAUCCUUGGAGGAAAUAGUGCUGAUAAGAGUGGAAAGAGUAGACUGAGAAGCUGAAGGAGUCCCUUUGUGACUUCAUCAUUACUAUUUUGCUUCAUUACUACUGUACAAGCAAUGUGUGUGUGUCCGUUUAUCUGUGUGUCUGUGUGUGUGUUGGGAAGCGUUUCCCAUGGCUCUCGUACAGUUGUUAAGCCCCAGACAGAGCAACCUCUCUGGAGAGACAUUAACCUGCUCAGCAUCUCUCUGUUAACUGGGUUCAAAGAAAGGAGUCAAGAGUGUCUGCUUAUAGUGAAGAGACAGGAACUAGACCCAGCAGGAGGAGGAGAGCUAUGUGUGUGUGUGUAUUUGCUACAUACAUAUCUGCAUGUGCCUACCUGCGAGCAUGUGUGUGUAUUUGUGUGCAUGCAUGCAUAUCCACACAUGCGUGUGUGUGCGCUCAUGUGUUUAUCCCUGCCUGCGAUUGAGGGGAGUAUGUGUUUGUGUGUGUCUAAGAAUCUCCUAGCCCUGUUAUGCAGAUGUCUGAGUAUUGCAUCUCUCUCUCUCUCUCUCUCUCUCUCUCUCUCUCUCUCUCUCUCUCUCUCUCUCUCUCUCUCUCUCUCUCUCUCUCUCAAUGUGUACUGUAGGCAGGCAGGCAGGCAGGCUAGCCAUAUGGACGGGAGGGGAGCUCUGGAAACAUCCCAUUACAAGUCAUAUAUCACACUCCUGACAGCACCCAUUCUGCGCUGUUUUCAUUUCAAUCAUGAGUGCAGCUGCACGGGAGAACUCAGGGCUCCACCAUGUUAACCCACUACUGCCCAGGACUGCUACAGGUACCCCAGUGUAGGGAGGUGGGGAGUCAAACGUAUGAGAAGAAAGGAACCCUCUCACCUGGUGGCAGGUUUCUUGACUAUUCAAUAUAUCACUUUAUUUAUCACAUGAUGGCAGAAUAGUCAAUGGGGUCUCGACAAUACGGUAGAAGUGUCUCCUCCUUGCUCUGAAAGGUAGAACAGUAUGUUCCAUAUCUUAUGAUUUAGACACAAGAAAACUGAAACUACUCAGAAAUAAAGAUCUACCACAUGCAUUUUCAUUUGUCUUGCUCUGAGACGAUUUGUUUGACUCAUUGGUGCUCUAACGAACUACCCUCUCUUGAAAUCAAAACAAAGUGAGUGAGAGCGGAUUUGUUGAGAUUCCUACUUGGUGAACCAGUGUUCUCUGCUCGUAGUGCUUAUUUGCAGAUGAUCAAACCCCCGCUUCCGCAUGUAAUCUAUCCCACAUGCAUUAUUUUCCCAGAGAAGUCUAUUAAAAUGUAGCGUAGUACGGCCAACCGAGAGAUGAGAGCAGAACCAAUACAGUACCCCCGGGCGAUCCAACAUACUGUUUUGAUAUAGAAGUGUCUGUCAUGGAUAUGUUUAGCCGGGCCUAUUAUGUGAUUUGUGGGGUACUCCUGAGGCCUUGCUUCACUUUCGAUCCCAAUCCAUCUCCGGGAUGGGUACAGCACACAUCACAACUUCAUGUCUCUGUAAAGUGCUGCAGUGUAAAAACGUCGGUCCGUCCUAGACGUGAAGACUUUGGUCUCAGGCCCAGGUUGCCUCCCUCUCCUUCUUUUCUUCAACCCCCCCCUCCUCCCUCCCUCCCUCCCUCCCUCCCUCCCUCUCCUUCCCUCAGUGGGGAACCUGUUGCCAGGACAGGUAGUGAGGGGCGGAGAAGCGGGGGGACAUUCCAGGCCCUGUUGUGCUCUCUUACUCCCUCCCUCCCACUCUCCCUCUCUGAGGAAAACAGCUGUGGUGUCCAGAGGAAAUGCUGCUUUUUUCCCAUCAGGCCGUUGCCUGUGAUGGACAGGGGCCUGGUUUGGCUUGCGCUGCGAGGUAGGAUGCAGUUUAUGAGCCAGAACACAGAGGGAAAGGGGGGGGGGGGGGGUGGACAGGCGCCACAGGACAGCUUUUGGCAGAAUUUUCUGGCAUAUUCCCCCGUGGCGUCCGACUUCUUGACCCCAACAUGAGAGCAUCAUGGGAGAUUACUUUGCCCUACUCCUUAACCUUUGCCAGUCCUUAUAUGUCCGUGCUAAUAUGUCUGGCUCGCAGUCCUUCUGUGUUUUCUUUCAAUCAGGUAUUAAGUGAAAGUUGAUGCUGUGCUAUCCUUCCUUACGUAUCUAGACCUGUCCAUCUGACCAUCAAUCAUGUCCAGUGCACAUGAAUGUAUACAUACAGUGGGGGAAAAAAGUAUUUAGUCAGCCACCAAUUGUGCAAGUUCUCCCACUAAAAAAGAUGAGAGAGGCCUGUAAUUUUCAUCACAGGUACACGUCAACUAUGACAGACAAAAAUGACAGAGAAAACAAAAUCCAGAAAAUCACAUUGUAGUAUUUUUUAUGAAUUUAUUUGCAAAUUAUGGUGGAAAAUAAGUAUUUGGUCACCUACAAACAAGCAAGAUUUCUGGCUCUCACAGACCUGUAACUUCUUCUUUAAGAGGCUCCUCUGUCCUCCACUCGUUACCUGUAUUAAUGGCACCUGUUUGAACUUGUUAUCAGUAUAAAAGACACCCGUCCACAACCUCAAACAGUCACACUCCAAACUCCACUAUGGCCAAGACCAAAGAGCUGUCAAAGGACACCAGAAACAAAAUUGUAGACCUGCACCAGGCUGGCAAGACUGAAUCUGCAAUAGGUAAGCAGCUUGGUUUGAAGAAAUCAACCUUGGGAGCAAUUAUAAGGAAAUGGAAGACAUACAAGACCACUGAUAAUCUCCCUCGAUCUGGGGCUCCACGCAAGAUCUCACCCCGUGGGGUCAAAAUGAUCACAAGAACGGUGAGCAAAAAUCCCAUAACCACACGGGGGGACCUAGUGAAUGACCUGCAGAGAGCUGGAACCAAAGUAACAAAGCCUACCAUCAGUAAAACACUACGCCGCCAGUGACUCAACUCCUGCAGUGCCAGACGUGUCCCCCUGCUUAAGCCAGUACAUGUCCAGGCCCGUCUGAAGUUUGCUAGAGUGCAUUUGGAUGAUCCAGAAGAGGAUUGGGAGAAUGUCAUAUGGUCAGAUGAAACCAAAAUAUAACUUUUCGGUAAAAACUCAACUCGUCGUGUUUGGAGGACAAAGAAUGCUGAGUUGCAUCCAAAGAACACCAUACCUACUGUGAAGCAUGGGGGAUGGAAACAUCAUGCUUUGGGGCUGUUUUUCUGCAAAGGGACCAGGACGACUGAUCCGUGUAAAGGAAAGAAUGAAUGGGGCCAUGUAUCGUGAGAUUUUGAGUGAAAACCUCCUUCCAUCAGCAAGGGCAUUGAAGAUGAAACGUGGCUGGGUCUUUCAGCAUGACAAUGAUCCCAAACACACCGCCCGGGCAACGAAGGAGUGGCUUCGUAAGAAGCAUUUCAAGGUCCUGGAGUGGCCUAGCCAGUCUCCAGAUCUCAACCCCAUAGAAAAUCUUUGGAGGGAGUUGAAAGUAUGUGUUGCCCAGCGACAGCCCCAAAACAUCACUGCUCUAGAGGAGAUCUGCAUGGAGGAAUGGGCCAAAAUACCAGCAACAGUGUGUGAAAAUCUUGUGAAGACUUACAGAAAACGUUUGACCUGUGUCAUUGCCAACAAAGGGUAUAUAACAAAGUAUUGAGAAACUUUUGUUAUUGACCAAAUACUUAUUUUCCACCAUAAUUUGCAAAUAAAUUCAUAAAAAAUCCUACAAUGUGAUUGUCUGGAGAAACAAAAUCUCAUUUUGUCUGUCAUAGUUGACGUGUACCUAUGAUGAAAAUUACAGGCCUCUCUCAUCUUUUUAAGUGGGAGAACUUGCACAAUUGGUGGCUGACUAAAUACUUUUUUCCCCCACUGUACAAUGGUACACCAAAAAUGAGGGUAUGAGAAUGAAGCAAAUCUAAUCUACCUCAAAGCAAUCCAGACUAUUUUGGAAACAUACGUAAGAAAUUGAAAGUUUGUUUGGUGUAAGUGCUCACGAACAGCAUCUAGUCACAACAAGAUGGAGGUGUAAAAUGAGUCAGUCAGUACUCAUAGACAUCGAAUAAAGUAAAGAACACAUUGGCCUAACCUCCUCUCUCUCUCUCUCUCUCUCUCUCUCUCUCUGUAGGCCUUUGUCUCCAUCUCCCUGCUGUACUGGGGCCUGCAGACAUUCAGCCAACUGAUUGCAGUCAAGAAGAAGACAACAUGA